AUGAGACCAUAUCCUGCUAAGAGCUACAUGAUGAAAACUCCUGCCCUUCUACUUUUCUUGCUGGGUCUGCAUGUCUCUGCAGCUACUUUCAAGAUCUGUGCUUUUAACAUCAAGAGUUUUGGAGAGGCUAAAGCAUCCAACAAGAAGAUAAUGGAUGCCUUGGUAAAGAUUCUGGCUCGCUGUGACAUCAGUGCCAUCCAAGAGGUCAGAGAUUCGAAGGGAGAAGCUGUCCCAGCUCUUGUGUCUGAACUCAACCGGUAUGACGCCGUCCAUCGAUACAAACAUGUGGAGAGUAAAAGAUUGGGAAAGAACACCUACAAAGAGCAGUUUGUCUUUAUCUACAGAUCUGACUUGGUGAAGGUGGUCGACUGGUAUCAGUAUGUGGAGGAUCAUCCAGAUCACCCCGAGGCCUUUGCAAGAGAACCAUUCGUUGUCCGCUUUCACUCGCCUAGGACAGUUAUCAAAGACUUUGCCCUGAUGUCUCAUCACACCUGCCCGAGAGAAGCAGCUAAGGAGAUCAACCGUCUCCUUCAGGUCAUGUUGGAGGUGAAGAGUCGCUGGAGAAUGGAGAAUGUUAUGCUUCUCGGGGAUCUAAACGCAGCUUGCGGCUAUGUGACAAAUGAGGAAUGGAAGAAUAUACAGUUGCGGAGCAGUAAUACAUUCCACUGGCUGAUCGGUGAUAAAGACGACACAACAGUGAACACUAAAACGCAUUGUGCCUAUGAUCGUAUCGUUGUACAUGGAGAAGAAUUUCUCAAAGCGAUUAUACCAGGAUCUGCCAAACCAUUCAACUUCCAGAAGAAACUAGGGCUCGCCGAAGAGGAGGCUCUGGAGGUCAGUGACCACUUCCCAGUGGAGGUCAACCUCAGGACAGACCCAAGAAUGGACAGAGAACUAUAA